UUCUCCCCGCCAUGGCGCCUCGCACAGCGGAGCACGGUUAGGAGUUGGAGACCUCUCCUCCUCCUUCCAGCUUGAGGAAGGGAAGCUCCCGGGAGGGAUGCAAACUGUGGAGCCCCUGAGAGCGGGCCCGGACCCUGAGAUGCACAGAGAGGGGAUCUGCAGCUAUGUUCCUGGAGACAGAGAUAGGAUAUCAGUUAAGAACCCGGACAAGGUGGCUCUGGUCCCAACUCUGUCACUUGCCAGCCUGUGACUUCAGCCAGAUGCCUUUACUACAGAGUUGCAGUUGUUUAACUACAGGAUUAACGAGAAAAUGCAGAUGAAGCAAGCGGAGGAAUGCCUAUGCCAGAUUGUGGGUGCUGUUGCCACUCCUGUCACUGGGUGAUACCAGGACGGCUCCUGACCCCUUCCCAAACCCUCUGACCCGGCCUCCUCUGCCCUGGCCCCUCCUCCUCCACUGGCUUCUCUGGGCUGGAGGAGGAGGCUGGGCCCUCAGAGAGGAGGGAGGGGCCUUAUUCCAGCCUCCCAGGGCACGCUCGGCAGAAGCCACACAGCUGGGCUUGCACCUGCUCCGGCCACCUUCCCACUGCCCGCUUCCAGCCCGGCCUCCGUGCUGUCCUGAGAGCUCCCUCUCUGCAGCAGUCAUGCCUGGGACAAAGAAUGCUGCGAGCCACCAGGAAGCUGCCACCUUCACCCUGGACCUUGUGCCAUCUCCCCAAAGUACCAAGAAGUUGCAGAACAAGGAUUCCAGUCUCUUGGAUGGAAGCUCUUCUGGGUCCUCGGGUCUGGAGAAGGCCAAGGGCAUAACAGGGUUCCAGACCUUGGUCCACCUGGUGAAGGGCAACAUGGGCACGGGCAUCCUGGGCCUACCGCUGGCCGUGAAGAACGCAGGCAUCCUGAUGGGGCCGCUCAGUCUGCUGGCGAUGGGCUUCGUCGCCUGCCACUGCAUGCACAUCCUGGUCAGGUGUGCCCAGCGCUUCUGCCGCAGGCUGAACAAGCCCUUCAUGGAUUACGGGGAGACGGUGAUGCACGCACUGGAAGCCAGCCCCAGCACCUGGCUGCAGAACCAUGCCCGCUGGGGCAGGCACGUGGUGAGCUUCUUCCUCAUCAUCACCCAGCUGGGUUUCUGCUGCGUGUACAUAGUGUUUCUGGCUGAUAAUUUGAAACAGGUAAUAGAAGCUGUCAAUGGCACAACCAACAACUGCCGCAGCAACGAGACGGUGACCUUGACGCCCACGAUGGACUCGCGUCUCUACAUGCUCGCCUUCCUGCCCUUCCUGUGGCUGCUGGUCCUCCUCCGAAACCUCCGCGUCCUGACCAUCUUCUCCCUGCUGGCCAACAUCAGCAUGCUGGUCAGCCUGGUCAUCAUCACCCAGUACAUCGCCCAGGGAAUUCCAGACCCCAGCCGGCUGCCACUGGUGGCGAGCUGGAAGACCUACCCGCUCUUCUUCGGAACAGCCAUCUUUUCUUUCGAAAGCAUCGGCGUGGUCCUGCCUCUGGAAAACAAGAUGAAGGAUGCCCGCCGCUUCCCUGCCAUCCUGUCUUUGGGAAUGUCCAUCAUCACCACCCUGUACAUCGGCAUCGGGGCUCUGGGUUACCUGCGCUUUGGAGAGGACAUCAGAGCCAGCAUAACCCUUAACCUGCCCAACUGCUGGUUGUACCAGUCGGUGAAACUCCUCUACAUCAUCGGCAUCCUGUGCACCUACGCCCUACAGUUCUACGUCCCAGCAGAAAUCAUCCUGCCCUGGGCCAUCUCCCGGGUGUCAGAGCGCUGGGCACUGCCCGUGGACCUGUCCAUCCGCCUCACCAUGGUCUGCCUGACCUGCGUCCUGGCCGUCCUCGUCCCGCGCCUGGACCUGGUCCUCUCCCUGGUGGGCUCCGUGAGCGGCAGCGCCCUGGCCCUCAUCAUCCCGCCGCUCCUGGAGGUCACCACCUACUCCUCCGAGGGCCUGAGCCCGCUCACCCUCGCCAAGGACACCCUCAUCAGCAUCCUGGGCUUUGUGGGCUUCGUGGCGGGGACUUACCAGGCCCUGGACGAGCUGAUCGAGUCAGGGGACUCUCUCCCUCCUUCCAAUGCCACCCUCCCCAUUCAGUGAGAGCGGGGCCGCUCCACACCCACCAACACAAGGCUCACAGUGGCGUGGAUCUCUUUGACACACUCUAUGCUGCUGUUUUGUCUUCUCUCUGGGCACAGUAAAACAAGCAAGGACUCGCCGGCUACAAGGUCUAAAUGAUAAUUUUUGUUUAAUUUUUGCUGUUGUUGUCUAUUCCUUUUUCUUUCCAUCUCUCACUUUCCACUACAUUGAGAACUCUCCCAUGGAAGGUUCUGGAUCCUCCCCAACUUUUUCUUUUUUGGUCAUUGCCGGGGUGAGUGUCGCACCUCCAGCGGCCUACACGAGGAGAAGCCACCAGGGGGCUCCAAAUGGCAGCACCGGGCAGAAGGAAGUGCGCUAGGGAAAGGGGAAUGUGCUUUGCAGACGACAGGUUUCCCCAUUUCCUGAGCCGUGCAAGGACCUAAUCCACAGCUCAGCAAGUCAUGCAAACUCCAGUGUCAGGCUGCAUGGGGCCAUGAGGAGCUGUGUGAGCCACAACUCUCAGGAAGGAGCCGUCCACGCUCAAGUGAGGGGCAAUAAGGCUUCCAAGCCACUGGAUUAAGUAGGAGCUCAGCUCAAAGAUCCCACUGAAGCAGAUGCACUUGCGCAGGAAGGAGUAGAUACGACGUCGUUUGAAUAGACUUUAUCCUAUAAUCCCUGCAACAGCCGUUCUUGGUCACCUGUGUGUGCCAGGCAUAAGGCAAGGUUGUUACAGUAGAUUGGAAAAUUGCCCAUAACUUCUUCUGGACAGUGCGACCGCACUGCUCCUUCCGUUAAGAGGUGAGAUGUCUGUACUUCUGCCCCGUGAGUCUGACCUUCACCUUGUAACUUGCACUGGCAAGAUGAGACAGCAGUAAAUAUGAAGGCGAGGGCUUGGUGGUGGCUUACGUGUGGACAGCCCAUCUCUUACCGCUCUGUGGAGCUGAAACCACCAAGUGAAAAGGCCCAGGCCAGCUUGCUGGAGGACGGGAGGCCUGUGGAGCCAAAACUCCUCCUUCCAUUCGAGCCCUGAGCCCAGAGCAACAGGCCUGUCAACGGCCAGACGCCUGAGUGAAGCCAGCUGUCCCAGCUCCAGCCAACCUGAACCAAACCAUAGGAAUCUGCAGAAGUGGCUGCGGGGGGCAGUGAAGCCAAACGGCACAGGAUGCGCUCAGCGUGCACAGCACUCGGGUUCCAUGCCCAGUGCCAGAACGGUGUGCAGAGAAACCCCGAAUCGUGAGGAAUAAUAAAAGCCUGUGGUUUUAAUUCGUAA